CAAACAAUACCUAGCAGCAAGAGCGCGCCUUGACGACGACCCCUCCUUCGUUUCAGUCUGCGACCGGGCCACUUGCAGGUGUUGACAGCUCCCCUAGCUCGAUCCCUCCAUUGCCCCGCCCACCUGCCUCGAAGCUCCCGCUUUACUCCUGAAAACAUUCGUCCCAGCUUGCUAUUCUCUGCAUUUCACAACUUCACAUCAUCUUCAGGUCUCCCAGUUGCAACUUGCGAGACUUGCCUCGGAAAUACAAAACAGAGAUCUCCUCCACACCCUUACAGUGUGCUUCGGCCGCACCCCUCUGCGAUGUUCUCGCUCAAGCCGUUCCCGGUCCUCCUGGGACUGGCUGUUUUCCUGCUGCUGGCCAGCCCAGCCCAUGCUUUCGGUGCUGGUAACAUCGCCAGCAUCUCCAAGGUCGAGGGCCAGAACUGGCGCCAUGGCGAUCUCGAGGACACACUCCUCACCCUCGUGAUGGCCCGUGUCGCUGGCGGCAAGAAAUUCGACAAGCUCAACAUCUCCCGCGUCUACUUCGGAAACUGGCUCCGUGACUACUCCCAGGCUAUCGAUGUCGGCACGGUCAAGUCUGUGUCGGCCGAGGCUAUUCGGUUGCUGCUCUGCGUUCUCGGUUUCCUGACUUUCGGUUACGGAUCCCGCGAGUUCGAGGUCACGGCCGACCGUCUUGGUUGCUACCGCCCUGAGGACCACAUCGACAACCCCAAGAACUAUGCCGACAACGAGGAUGCCACUCAGUAUGACCGCAGGCUUCGAGGCCCUGUCGACGAGCGUGUGGAGCUCGGCAUUGACGAGGAGACGGGCAUGAAGAACUACAUCGCCAACGAGAACGUUGGCAUCAUGACUUCGGCCAAGCACGUCCGCAACCUCUUUGGCAAGAGCAUUGAGCUGGCUCGCAGCUACAAGAACAGCCGUAACAAGGCCGAGCUGCACGAGGCUCUCCGUCUGCUCGGAACUGGUCUGCACUGUCUCGAAGAUUUCCUGGCUCACAGCAACUACACGGAACUGGCUCUGAUUGAGCUUGGCGAGCGUGAUAUUUUCCCUCAUGUCGGCCGCGACACUCAGAUGCGUAUCCCCGCCGCCCGUGACUCCGUGUACCCUAUUGUCACUGGUACUUUCGGUGGUGUCGAUUUCCUGCACUCUGUUACUGGCGAGAUGUCCGACAAGAUGACCCAGAGUGAGAUCGAGGAUCUCGAGGGUACGCUCCAGAACAACGCCCGCAACGACACCAGCAUCAUUGAGGGCCUCCUCGAUAAGAUCCCGGACGGCCUGCUCGGCGGCGGCGGCACCAGCGACAAGAAGCAGAAGAUGCACGAAAUCCAGGACAAUGCCUCGAACGCCCAGAUGCAGCAGGCCCGCAUCUCACCUCGCGAGCCCGAAGAGUUCACCCGCUACGUCCAGGAUGUCUUCCGCCAGAUCAUGCCUGCCAUCGAGUUCCACGACGAGCUCUUUAUGAACAUCAGCGAGGCCUUUGAUAAGAUCCCGAUCCUCCCCCAGAUCAUCGAGCAGCUCGAGGAGCAGAUGUCCCUGUGGGUCUUUUCGAUCAUGGCUCCUAUGGUCGUGCCUAUUCUCCAGCAGAUCAAGAACGAGCUGCGCACUGGAUCCUCGGAGAUUAUUCAGUCCAGCCAGAACGAGCAGCACAUCGUCUUCAACGACGACCGCUGCACCGAUCCUACCCACUCCAUGCUGUCCAAGGACCACUUCACCAACAUCCUGAACGAGCCUGCUGGCAAGACUGCGGCGCAGGUCGUCGCCUGGGUCGUGCCCCAGAUCAUGGAGGCGUGGGAUGACGAGAACGUCGACGUCAGGCGUCUCAACGACCGCAUUGUCACCGGUGUCCUCCAUCACCCUGCUCAGCGCCAAGAAGGCCGCGACGGCGCCCAGGACGGUCGCCGGAUCAUGUUCCGCUCUGUCCAGGAGUGGUGGGAGGGUAUGUCUGACGAGGGCCGCGACGAGUACCGUCGCAAGCUCUCGCGUGAGGGUGUCGAGCGUGGCGAGAACCACAGGGAGGGCCAGCAUGACACCGGCCACGGCUGCUGUGCACCCCUCAAGAUGCACAAGAACUUCAGCAAGGGCGGUACUUUCGAGGACAAGAUUGCGGCCGCUGCUGCCGGUGCCAUUGUCGAAGGUGUCAGCGGCGGCAUCUCCGAUCUUGUGAAUCAGGCCUCUGGUGGUCAGGUCAACAUCCCCGAGUAUAAGAACAAGAACUCUGGUGGCUUUGGCUCCUUCCUUGGCGGCGGUGGCGAUGACAACGAGGGCGGCGGCGGCGGUUUCCUUGGCAAGGUUGCUGGAUCUCUGCUCGGCGGUGCAUUCGGAAACGACGAGAAGGAGACUCACUCGAGUCGACACCGAGAUGAUGACGGCUCCGUCACCGAAACCCGCCAGGAGUACGGCCACUCUGGCAACACCUACGGACAGGCGCAGUACUCCCAGACGCACCACGCCGGUGGUGGCGAGUCCAGCGAGUACCGCCGCUCCGAACAACGCUCCGAUGGGUACGGAGGCUACAGCACAGAGCAGCGCACCGAGACUCAGUCCAGCUACGGUGGUGGUUACGAGUCCCGCUCCGAAACCCGCUACGAGAGCUCCCAGCAGAGCUACGGCUCGAGUCGCAGGGACGAUGAUGACGGCAACUCGUACGGCCGUCGCCAGGAGCAGAGCUAUGGUGGCCGCCGCAAUGAUGACGAGGACAACAGCUCGUCCGGCAGACGCCACGGCGAAGCUGACUCCUACGGCCGCCAGCAAGAGUACGGUAGCAACAAUGACUCGUAUAGCAGCCGCCGCCAGGAGUAUGGUGGAGGUGACAGCGACUCUUACGGGGGUCGUCGCCAGGAAUACGGUGGCGGCAAUGACUCCUACGGCAGCCGUCAAGAGUAUGGCCGCGGUGGUGACGAGGACGAGAGCAACGAGUAUGGCCGUCGCCGCGAGGGCGGUUGGUAGAUUGUGAAUUCGCGGACAAGGACAGCUGCAGCAUGGCGAAAGGAGUUGAGGUGGGCAUGUGAGGAAAAGUUGUGUGGGGUUGAUUGAGAUGAGCAGCCAAUGCGGUCAUGAUGAUUCGAUGAGACAUCUACGUAGUACAGGAUGAAUGAAUGCGAUGCGAUUUACUGAG